AUGGCUGAGGUGCCGAUUAAAUGUGUCGUCGUUGGAGACGAAGCGGUCGGCAAAACGUCUUUAAUAAUGCGUUACACGCACAAACUCGAGUUUGACAUGAAUCAAUACGUGCCUACUAUUGCGGAUACCUACGCGUUGCGUGUUAUGGCUGGACAAACGCCCGUUAAAAUAACUGUCUGGGACACUGCAGGUCACCAGCGAUACGAAAGAUUGCGGCAAUUGUCCUACCCCCAGACAAACGUCUUUCUUGUGUGCUACGCCAUCGAUGACUUCAAGUCCGUGUGCGAUGUUGAAAAAGUCUGGAUUCCUGAACUGCGUCACUUCUGUCCAGACGCCGCAAUCAUCCUCGUUGGAACCAAAUGUGACUGCCGA